UUCAUUCACAUUCAUACACCAGUGUUCUAGGCAAGGUGGGUGUCUUGCUCAAGGACACGAUGACUAUGACCGGGUGAAUGGAGUGAGGACUGAACCGUCAACCUUCCGGUUCUAUACCUCCUGAGGCACUGCCGCCCUCAUUGCUAAUCUUUAUCAUAGCUUUAAUUAACCUAACUGUGUUUUGUCAUUUAAGGCCAAUGACGAUUUGUGUCAGGUUUUGGGCCUCCUGUGACCGCCAACUCCCACCAACAGGAAUGUCCACCCACGGGGCCCAAAAGAGAGCGGCCUGUUCCCUUCCCCUUCUGGAUAUCUCCAUGGAAAGUUCUGGAAAGGUGGCCUCCAGACUUGAAGAGACCACAGAGUGCUCCAGGAGGAAGGAAGACGAGUCGACAUGGCGCUGCUGUGCUACAACAAAGGCUGCGGACAGCAAUUUGUGGCAGACAAGAACAAGGAUGAUUCCUGUGUCUUCCAUCCUGGAAUCCCCAUCUUCCACGAUGCCCUAAAGGGUUGGUCAUGCUGCCGCAAGAGGACCACAGACUUCUCAGAGUUCCUGUCCAUCAAGGGCUGCACCCGCGGGCCCCACAGCAACGAGAGACCAAGCGAACCUCUAGUACCCGAGGUGUCGUCAGACAAGGCCACCAGCAAACACGCCAACGGGCCGGAGAUCAUUUACCAAGGACCCAAAUCUGCUGAAAAGCUGCAGAAAGAGAGACCAAGUUCAGACGAGCCAAAGGCCAAACUGCCCGUCAAAGUGUCAGCGUCGCUGGCAAGGGAACUGGAGAAAUUGGACAUCAGCACGCGAGCCAAGAAUGAGAAGAAAGAGAGUCAAGGUGUGGUCCAAGGGACGCGGUGCAAGAAUGCAGGAUGCAAAACUGUCUAUGAAGGCAAGGAAACUGACAUGGAAGUCUGCACACAUCACCCUGGAGGGCCAGUCUUCCAUGAGGGCUACAAGUACUGGAGCUGUUGCUGCAUCAAGACCAUGGACUUCAACGUCUUCCUGGACCAGAAGGGCUGUACAACAGGGAAACACCGCUGGAUACCCAAACAAGACAAGAAGAAGGUGGCUUGCCGACACGACUGGCACCAAACGGCAAACAACGUUGUCAUGAGCAUCUACGCCAAGAACGCCAACCCUGACAUCAGCAGCGUUGAGGCCAACGGGACGGUGGUCUCCUGCCAGAUCCAGUUUGAGGAUGACAAGCUUUUCAGGAGAGACUUCCACCUUUGGGGGGUCAUCAAUGUCCAACAGAGUGCCGUCAACAUGGUGCCCUCCAAAGUGGAGAUCACCCUCCGCAAAGCCGACCAGGUGGCGUGGGGCAAACUGGAGGACCCCGGCUACAAACCGGAGCCAGAGCCUGUAGAGGAAACGGCAGCGGAUGCCCCUGAGCCGCAGCGCCCCGACUGGGACAUUGACGACGAUGACAUCAGCGACUCCGAUGAAGAGUGGGCCUACGACACGCCACGGAAGGACACUCAAGAGGAGACAACAGGCCCUGGCAAGAGGCAGGCGGGAGGGGAAGACAUGCAAAAUGAAAAGAGGAGGGAGGUGGAGCAGGAGAUGAGGAGGGCUAUGGAGGAGAACAGGAAGGCAGAGGAGCAGAGGGAGAAGGUGAUGGAGCUGAGGAAUCAGGAGGAAGAGGAGGGAUAUGAAGAAAUGCCCGAACUGGAGUAAAACCUCAAAAUGAAAUCCUUGUGUUUAUUUAUCAACCUUUUUAUGUGAGACAGUUUGCAUGGAAUAAAACAUUUUCUUUGUUUAGAUGCCUUUUUUUGCUUUGUCACAUCCUGGGA